CCUGCCGCCUCGCGAGGCAGGCGCUAGGUCACCGCUUCCCGCGUCCCUUCGCUUCCUUCCUUCUCCCCUCCCGGCGAGGAGGGGCCGAGGCAGCCGGGCUGGUCGUCGGCCCCCCGAGCUCCGGAGCGCUGUGCAUGUUCGCUCCCUGCGAUUGCGUGAGGCGAGGAGGCAGGAGGACCAUGAAAAUGAUCCGAUUCCGGAGCUCGAGCAUCAGGUCUUUGAGCCAGGAGAUGAAAUGCACCAUCCGGCUGCUGGACGACUCCGAGAUCUCCUGCCACAUCCAGAGGGAGACCAAAGGUCAGUUUCUCAUAGAUCAUGUCUGCAAUCACUACAGUUUGCUGGAAAAAGACUACUUUGGCAUUCGCUAUGUGGAUCCCGAAAAGCAGCGGCACUGGCUUGAGCCCAACAAGUCUAUCUCCAAGCAAAUGAAAUCUCAUCCACCAUAUACCAUGUGCUUUAGAGUGAAAUUCUACCCACACGAACCCCUGAAGAUUAAAGAAGAGCUUACCAGGUACCUUUUAUAUCUACAAAUCAAAAGAGAUAUUUUCCAUGGCCGUUUGCUGUGUGCAUUUUCUGAUGCUGCCUACUUGGGUGCAUGCAUCGUCCAAGCUGAACUUGGAGACUACGAUCCUGAUGAAUAUGUGGACAAUUAUGUCAGUAACUUUAAGAUUUUCCCCAAACAGUCACAAAAGCUUGAAAGAAAAAUAGCUGAAAUACAUAAAAACGAAUUCAGGGGUCAGAAUCCAGCUGUUGCCGAGUUUAAUUUAUUAUUGAAAGCACAUUCUUUAGAAACCUAUGGAGUUGAUCCCCAUCCCUGCAAGGAUUCAACAGGGACUACAACAUUUUUAGGAUUCACAGCCACAGGAUUUGUAGUUUUCCAGGGAAAUAAAAGGAUACAUUUGCUAAAAUGGUGUGAUGUCUGUAAAUUAAAGUUUGAAGGGAAGACAUUCUAUGUGAUUGGAAUUCAGAAGGAGAGAAAGGCUAUGUUGUCAUUCCAUACCUCAACACCAGCAGCUUGCAAGCAUCUUUGGAAAUGUGGAGUAGAGAACCAGGCUUUUUACAAGUAUGCAAAAUCAAGCCAAAUCAAGACUAUGUCCAGCAGCAAAAUAUUUUUUAAAGGCAGCAGGUUUCGGUACAUUGGAAAAGUUGCCAAAGAGGUGGUUGAAGCAAGUUCUAAAAUCCAGAGGGAGCCCCCUGAAGUGCACAGAACCAGCAUUGCACAAAGUCACAGCUCUCACUCUUUGAACAAACAGCUCAUAAUUAAUAUGGAGCCUCUGCAACCUCUUGUUCCAUCCCCAAAAGACCAGGAAGAGGUUCUCUCAGAUGAAGGGGAAGACCCUGCCAUCAGUUCCCACCUGGUCCAGCAUGACCCCAUCCCUGUGUUCCUUCCUGGAAGCCUGACAGCUUGGGAAUCUGGCUCCUACUCCAUGCCUCGUGAUACUCCCUCUCGUGUUCGUGCCCCCAGGUCUCUCGGUAUCCAGCUGCCGAAAGAAGAUGAUGUUUCAAUACCUAUGAUAUCCAACUCUCCUGCUAAGGAGGCAGAUGACAGUUCUGAUCUUUCUAUUGAGGAGGAGGAGAAAAUAAAGGAAGAACCUUUAACAAUCUCAGAGAUGGUGUACAAUCCAAGUACUAGCCUGCUCCCUACUCCUGUUAAUGAUGAUGAGAUUGACUUGCUCUUUCAAACCUCUCCAAGGCCAGAGAAUGAAAAAGAAGAUACAGAUUCAUUUGAGGAACUGGAGGCUGAUGAAAAUGCAUUUUUGGUUGCAGAAGAGGAGGAGCUAAAGGAAGCUCGGAAAGCACUUAGGUGGAGCUAUGAGGUUUUGAUGGGCAACAUGAAGAUAAAUGCUGUUGUGAAGAGCUUUUCUAGACUUCUUUUUGUUGGGCUUGGAAUAUUGCUGGUCAUUUUUCCUCUUCUGCUUGUACUUCUGGAAUCAGACCUUGAUAUCUCCUUUCUUCAUGAAAUCCGCCAGACUCCAGAGUUUCAGCAGUUUCACAUUGAAUAUUACUGCCCUCUUAGACAGUGGUUGGCCUGCAAAAUAGACUUUGUGAGCCGCUUGCUUGGCAGCUCUUAGAUAGUAAACAAAUGUGGUAAGACUAAGGGCUAUAUUCAAAACUAGUGAAUUUCAUUCAGUGCUUAGGUGCUCAUAAACAUCCUGAAGGCCAUCAGCAAGUAGUUCUGCAUUUUAGAUCCACAGUAGAUUUCAACAUUCUUAAGUUUCCUUUCCAUAAUUGAAUAAUUUAUUUAGCUACAUGGUGGCCUUUCAGUAACCAAAAAGUGGUUAGGUUUUUUUUCUUGCUUGUCUGUUUUUAUCAAUGACCAUACAGAACUGAAAUUUCAUUAUAAAUUUCAUUAUACUACAUUAUAAGCCAUGAUGUACUAAAUUUAAGCAUUAGUAACAGCAGAAAGGUGAUGCUUUUGAAUAUAUUCCUUAGUAAAACAAUCUCUACUAACCAAUGCCUAUACAAGCAACAUUGAUUGCUGGGAUUUCCUUUCUUGGUUCAAUUUUUCAUUUUUAAGAAUAUUUUUUAUGUAUUUGCAAAAUUUUGGUAAAUUUUUAGCAAAGACAACUUAUGAAGACAUUUAAGUGUACAGAUUAGUAAAAUAAAUGCACAAGGGCAUGUCAUGAGUUUUUAAAAUGUUUAAGCAAAGUUUUGUUUUUUAAUUGAAGAGUGAAGUUUUUAGAGAUCCGCACAAGAUGGUGAGUAGUUGGAGGUGGGAAAUAGGCAGGGUCUGCUAGAUGGAACUGAAAUGACAUUAUCAAAUACCAAGUUUCUGAGGGUGAAACUAUACAUUAUGAAGAAAACACGUGGUAACAUAGGGGUCAUUUGAAGGUGAGAAUUCAGUGGCAAGGAAGAAAUGCUUAACCCCUCUUGCACCCACCAAUUCAUGCCUUGUGGCUCCCAGUUUGUAGAUUCCAAAACUCUAAAAGAAGCUCAGCUGUAUGGGAAAACAGCCUGGGUGGGAUAUUUGCAGGGGAGAAUUAGUGGGUGCAUGACUGUUUAAGCACUCCCUCCUGUUUGUUGGUGCUACAAAUUCUGCUUGCCCCUAUAUUGAUGUUAAAUGGCAGAUGCAUGUGUUUCCCAAACAUGUCUGGUCAGUGUAAUGUGUAGUUCUGCUGUGGUAAUUGUAAAGCUGAAAAGAGGUGAGUAUUUCCUAAUUAAGUUUUCCCUAUGGCUUACCACUUCAGUUAGUGGUAAUGAAAGGUCUUUGCAAGGCAGUGGAGGUACAGUUUUGUAAGAGGUUUAGGGGAUUUUGGAUUAACUGUAGAUUAUUGUACAUAACAUAGAAAUGUGGAUAUAGAUAUAUAUUUAAAAGUCUAGAUAGACCUAAUUAAAUACAUAGAAGUUCAAAAUACACCAGUUUCUAAAAAUAGAGACUUUGUGAAAAGAAUCCUGCCCCCUGAAUCCCAGGCAUUUGAAGCUAACUAUCUUGGUCCCUUAUUCUGUUCAGUACUGUUUUUCAUUAUAAUAAAUCCCAGAGUCACUGUUUCAUGUUUUAUUAUUUCUUGUGCAUGCUAUCUCUUUUACCCAAUAGAAAUGACAAUGGAUGCACAUGGUUUUACUCAUAAAUGUGUCCCUAUAACAGUGGUGUGUGGUUAUCUUUGUUGUCUUGAUGUGCUGGGGAUUUUGUGCCGGUGUAGCUCUAAAUUCUGCUAAGAGGCUAUAAACGCAUAAAACCUCGUGUGUAUAGAGAAGAUCAGUAGGUCUUAGUGCCCAACCUUGAAAUAGAUGAGGGGGUGGAGGAAGAACCCAUCAAUUGCAUAUGUAUAUGUUAGUAUGGAUUUCCUAACACAGGCUUGGCUCCCCCACUGCCCUUUCCCCAAUUAUCUAACUGUAUCAGUCACAGGAUUCUUAUAGUGCAAUCCUAUGCAAGUUUGCUCAGAAGCAAUUCCUUAAAGCAAUGGAAUUUACUCCCAGGUAAAAGAGAAUAGGGUUACAGCCUCAGUCUUGACUCAGGUGAACACCAACUGGGUGUGUUGCCUGUGUGAAAACAAAUUGGCUCCACUAUUACUGUUAGAAUUGCAGCUAUGUAUUAUUUCUAUGGAGUUUAUCAGUACGUAAGAGAGGAAGUUUUUAUUUUAUUUUUUUUAUCCUCACAACAACCUGUUCAGCUUAUUUCAUAAUGGUGUUGUGAGUAACCUAACCUGUUGAGGAGUCAUAGUGUUUCAUCCAUAAAGAAGCAAAAAUGUUCUUUAACAAAUAAAACCAAAUGUACAGCAAAUUCAUGUGGCACACAAGUGCUUAACUGAGUAUCAGACUGUGCCUGUAAAUUACACAAUGAAAAUUCAGUAUGUUUUGUAAAAGAGCUUUGAGCCUCUGAACCAGCCCUUUGUAAAUGUUCCAUGAGCAUUAUAGAGCUCCCUUGGAUAAAGCCUCUUCUUCAGGGUAGAAGUUUCUUUCUCCCUUUUAAAGAAGUCAGCUAGUACAGGACAUUUUGGUGAUUUUCUUUUGCUUGCCCUCCAUCUCCAAAAAGGAAAAGAUACCACUUGCACCUUUUUUUAGACUAACCCUUUCUGUGCACUCUUGCACAGGUAAUUGCAAUAAUUUAUUUUACCUUCAGGACUUAAUCUUCAAGCUUUCCUGCAAUAUCAGUUCCUUUGCAAAUAAUUGCUGAUCAAUUGUUUGGUGCACAUUUAGGAUGGAAUUCAGUGGUGCUGUUCUGAGGCAGAACAACUUUCAAUCCAACAGAUGCCUCCAGAAAAAAAGGCAAGUCCCACCAAUUCUAUUUUCUUUCUCUACUUCCCAGCAAUCUCUUUCAGAGGGUUGUGGGCCGCUCCAGAGUAACUGUGGAAGGUUACUCUGGAAGACCCACUGGGUAUUGCACAGGGUAAAAAUACCCAAAUAAAUAGAUAAAAUAAAUAAGGUGGCACAAGGAGAAAGGCGACAGGAAAAAACUGCCUUUCCUCUUUGGCAAACGGGAUUGAAAGCUGCUUCUGAAGUGGAACUGUACCACUGGAUCCUGCCUAGAAUUGUUUUACAAGUUCUAGAUUAAUCCUUUUUUGUGUUAGCAUGAAUUCAAUAAGGAUACAGCAAUCUUUGGUUUCUAAAACAAAGUCAUUAGUAUUUUAGGCCCUAUAGUUAUAGAAAUAGACAACACUCACUUUGCAAAUAGAUUUACUUUUAGUAUACUAAUCCCUGUUCUGAUUCCUAUAGGUAAAUAAAAUUUCACUGUGCUCCUCAGAUAUGAACAGUUGGGUCCCAGGUUUGAAAAUGUAGUCUUGUCCGUGUUAUAGAGCUCCAAAUUUAGUAGAAGAUUUUGUCAGUAAGACUUAAUGUUAUCAGGGAAGGGUUGAACUGCAUGAGGAACAGAUUACCUCAGAGAAUGGAGUGUGCAAUAAGGAUACACGUCGUGUUGAAUGCAAGAGCAUGUACAAGAAUGUCACACAUCCUUGACCUUUAGCAAAGCUCCACAGUGAAUUCUGUCAAGUUAUGAAUGCUUGUAAGAGGGACAUCUCUUAGAGAACAGGUGGAAGUGAGAAGAGGCCAGGAAGGGGUGUGUCUGUCAACAGGCAUGCACUGUGUAGGGUGAAACAAAGUACUAGAAAAGUUGUAGCUUGGCAUAUGAGGAGUCAAAUGGUAAAGUAUUGUGUAUUUCUGUCUGUGCUUGGAAUAUAUUGUAAAACGUUAUGUACUUGAAAUCUAUUUUGUGAUUUGUGUAAUAUUUAUAAACAACUCUGGGAAGAAUUAAGUUGGGUUUAUCUCAUUGAAAUGCAAACACACACAAACAAACCUAGGGAAAAAUGUACCUGUAAAUUUGAGCCUUAUCUUUGUAAAGUGAAUUUCACAUUUCUAUGUCAACAUCUUGAUUGUUUUAUAUGUUAAUAUUCGGACAGGACUAAUAAAACAUAUUGGAAAAAAAUCA